GGACUCUAGAAAAGCGUCCAGAACUCAGAAAGUAGAAGUCCUAUAAAGUUCAAAAUUGGGAUUUGUAGGUUUCCACACAUGCUAAACAAGACAGGGCUAGUCAGAAGCAAAUCUGAGACAUCGAUUGAGCAUGACUUGUUGUUUCUCUCAUCCAAUCACUCCUAGGCGAAAAUGGCCGUUUUUAAGUUCAGUCAGGAUAUGGUAUUUACUUUCCCUGAAAUUUGAGUUUAUAUCUCCUGAAUUUAUUUAAACCUUUUCAAGAGUUGUCCGUUUUUUCCUAUGGUAAAAAGUAAUUCAACAUAAAACGUUUCGAUAAUUCUAGUCACUCUGAAGCACGAUCUCUUAAUAUCGAUUUAAGAAAAAUAAUAAAACAAAAACGCCGUGUCGAAAUAUAUUUUAUUUUAUGUGCUUAAUAGUUUUAAAAUAAUAAAAAAUUUAAAUAGGUUAGUUUUUACAGGUUCAUUCACUAUUGUCCUUCCAAAUGAACAGUGGCCACGGUUGUUCUUUAAAUAACUUUUAAUAGAAAAAUGAUAGAAAUCUGGGAUUUUCAGUUUUGGGAUCUAGACACUUGACGCUACAUUUGCAUAAGCAAAAUCGACAUUUGAAAGAUUUUCCGAAGUCGGUUUUCAGAGGGGCUUUGGAAAAUCAGUUUGGAUCUCUGACAUAGAAACUGACAUAGAAAUAGGUCAAAUUUUUUGACAGAUAUAUAGUUCGAAGUGUCCUCUGCAAAACUGCAUCUAAGCGAUAUCUUGAAAAUCCUUGAUUCGGGAAACCUAUACUAGGUGAAAUAAUCCAUUUUGGAUUAUUUUCAUCAAAAAUUAAAAAAUUUCAUAACUCAGUCAAAAUCCAUCCAAACUACUUCAGAAUGCAAGAUAUACUCUAUUUUAUCCGCUCAUUCUGAUUCUGUACGUGAAAUCAUUAAAAAAUAUUCUCUUAGUUCCGAAGAUUUCGGCGAAACCUUUCUAAAAACUGAAAUAUUUUCUAUUGGUGUUUACAACCUUUACUGUAUGCUGCAGAUAAAAUAGAGUAUAUAUUGACAUUCUGAAGUGGGUUAGAUAGAUUUUGACUGAGUUAUGAAUUUUUUCAUUUUUUGAUGAAAAUAAUCAAAAAUGGAUUAUUUCACCUAGUAUAGGUUUUCACUCGAUUCUUGCAUUUUGUUCUGAAAACUAACAUUGCCACAAGAUUCAGCAUAGUCGAUAACCUGUGUUUUCAGGCGUUUCGCACACUCACAAACCUAACAGCAGAGGAGUGCUAAGGCUUCGGGAAAAACGUCCAUAGCCCCCAAAUCAUGAAUUUUCAAGAUGCUGCUUAGAUGCAGUUUUGUGGAGGACACUUCGAACUAUAUGUCUGCGAUUAUUAAAACUAGAGCUCUAGUACGCUAGAGUGAACAUUGUAUAGGUGUAAGAGAGCAGUCCUAGAACACCACUAUACAUGAACUUGCUAAACCAACCAUGCCUGAACACCAACAGCUUACCGUGGAACAAACUGAAUUAUAUUGACAGAUAUUUGAAUUAAAGUUUAUAUGCUGUAUGGAGAAUUGUUACUGUCCAUCUUCCUCUGAAAGGCGAAUGGCAAAUAUUUCGUACUAGACUAGCAGCAGAAAUUUAUUCCUAGAAAAAAUUAGUUUGAGAUGUCCAAAACUCAAACAUUCGUUAAACACAAACCGUAUUUUUGUAACGAAAAAUCAGAAAACACAUCAAUAAAAGUGAAAAAGCAUUAGCUGUACACAUCUAUUUCACGUUAAUCGUCUCAUCUAUGCUAUGUUAAAAAAGUUGACGGAAUGACCGGAAAACAGUAAACCUUGAUGAAUACUCUCUAACAAAAAGGCACUCUACCAAACCUAAAAAGGGUUUAAACUUUUGUCACCAUCUAUAUACCUUUUUAAGGUUUCAUACAAACUACGAAACCUUUUAAGGUUUCGUACAGCACCCUAAAUCCGUCACUGGAAAAAAAUUGCGUAAAAACACAAAAAAAAAUGUUUUUUCAGUGUUCCCAAGCUGUUCCCAGUCACGAAUUUAGCUAAUUAAAACGGUAUAUAGUUUGUACGAAAUCUUAAAAAGGUAUAUAGAUGGUGACAAAAGUAACGACGUGAUUUUAAAGUAGGUACCUAAUGAAUUUUAUACCAAAUGAAAGCCCGUAAAAAACUGGAUCUAGGACUAUAGUUAACAAUUCAAUAGAUGCAGAUAGUCAAUCCAAAUUUUAGACGUAUAAGUAUGCACUAUUUUUUUUCAUUCUGUUUCAUUUUCUUUUCUGCUGUUAUUUUCGUUUCUCUUCUUUUCGUAGAGAUAUUUUCUCUUUUUGCCACAUAAAACACGUGUGCGUGGGGCUUCUCUCUUCCUCCUGCUCUUCUUUAUCUCAACUUGUGUCAUUGAUUGUUCUAUUAUUAUAUAAGAUUUCACGUAUUUAUCGUCUAAUAAAAUGGCUGGAGUCGUUGGAGAUGACGAAGAACAACGUGUGAUAGAUCGUAUUCGAGCGAAUGCCUAUCGAGAAGCAAUGGAAGAAGGUGCAACAUUUAUCAAUCGAAAAUGGAUUGCUCAAAAACUGCAUCGUACUGAAAGCAGAAGUUGUUUAUCUUAUGACAACGCUCCGUGUUACAAAGCAAAUGCCACUCAGCAAUUGCUCAAAAACUCUGGAAUCGAUUUCUUUGACCGAACAGAAUGGCCAGGUAGUUCUCCAGACCUGAAUGUGGCGGAAAAUGUUGGAUCAAUUCUAAUGGACAAAGUAGAAAGUCUGAUGAUCAGCGAACGCGGUCCGACAAAUUCUUCAGUCGUUUUCCUUGAACAUCUUCAAAAUGUUCUUCAUGAACUUAAAAAUGAAAAAGAACUUUUCGAAAGUCUAUUGAAAUCGUAUCCUCAGCGAUUAAAAGCUGUACGUAAAGCCAACGGCGGUCACACUAGAUAUUGA